GCCGGCCUUGGUGUGUGUGACAUCUGACAUGUGGAGGCCAGUGGUCUGGGGGUAGACAUUGCAUUUUGCGCGCAAUAUUCAACAUAAUUUAACAAGGAGCCGGUCACGCAUUUUAUCACCUUUGUUGUUAGCACUGUCGGCAGUCAUUUUACUACCAUGUCCGAAGCAGUCACUGUGGGAGACAGGUUGAAGGAGGGAGGGCGCCAGAUCCUUGCAGGAGGAUCAGCAGGUCUGGUUGAGGUCAGCUUGAUGCAUCCCCUAGAUGUCAUUAAAACACGAUUUCAGAUCCAGGGUGGGCCUCAAGGAGUGGUGUAUGGUACCUCGAUGUUUGAUGUGGUCCGCAGAAUGUACCGCACAGAAGGGGCCUUAUCGGUUUACAAGGGCAUCCUGCCCCCGAUCCUGGCAGAAACACCGAAGCGGGCCGUCAAGUUCUUCACAUUUGAACAGUACAAGAAGAUAUUUCUAUUUGGGGCUCCAGCCCCCACGCCACUGACCUUCACUAUAGCAGGUCUAUGCUCUGGCCUCACAGAGGGCUUCAUCAUCACCCCAUUUGAGGUAGUCAAGGUGCGGUUACAAGCAGAGAGGCUCCAAUUUUCUCAGCAAACCAGUGCAUUCUCAUUAGCCAGGAGAAUAAUCAGAGAACAGGGCAUUGGACGUGACGGCAUGUUCAGAGGACUGACAGCAACUCUAGGCAGGCACGGUAUCUUCAACAUGGUUUACUUCAGUUUCUACCACAACAUCAAACAGUACUUCCCAGAAGCUUCGACACCCAAGUUGGAGUUUUCACGCAAGUUCCUGAUCGGUCUCAUUGCCGGAACGUUAGCCUCCGCACUCAACAUUCCUUUUGAUGUGGCCAAGAGUCGUAUACAAGGGCCCCAGCCAGUGCCAGGACAGAUCAAGUACAAGACGUGCUUCCAGACGAUACGAAUGGUGUAUGUUGAAGAAGGAUAUUUGGCCUUGUACAAGGGGCUUCUACCCAAGAUCAUGAGGCUAGGCCCAGGGGGUGCUAUCAUGCUACUGGUCUAUGAGUACUCCUAUGCCUGGCUACAACAACACACAUGAUCCAUACUGCUGCAAUCGUGCCAAGUUGUAUCCAAUGUAGGGGUGUAAUUAAUUGUUGUCCAGUGCAAUGGUCUAUCAGAAAAUGAUUCAGUGUUAGAUAUUAAUGUGUGCUGGAUAAAUUAUGCAUCCUAAGGCAUGUGGUCAAGAUGACAAUAUGCUAACAUUUGUGUGUAGUACUGGAUUUUGAGAAAUGCUGAAUAUAUACUCUAGUUCCAGUGAAACAUAUUUAACAAUUGUUGA